AUGUUCUCCCCUUCAGGCACAAAUCCUCCUGCGGCUUCCGCCAGGACCAGCAGACGCCGGCCGCGACCUCUGUCCAACGAAGGCUCCAUCCCAAAAGCGAAGAGGCAGAGAAGCGCCCUGAGCGAGCAAACGUUUAUGCCUCCUGAUGGCGCACCGGAAAUGGAGGAGACGAAGGCUUAUAAGACACCAACAGUGGCCAAGCGUGGGAGUCUACGGAAUGCCCACGUCCCUGGCCCUCAGAAGGAAAUUGUUGUUAGGGGGAAGAAACCUAGACCGGGAGAUCGAAGCGGUAAAGGUGAUGGCAGUGUAGUUCUUACUACGAACGACAUAUACACCGUCAGCAGACUCCCAGCUCUCCCCGACGGACUGCGCGCAGAUCCUGCUAGUCGUCAACAUGGUGCUAUCUACUCCGACAAUGGCUAUGCGCUCACCUUAACCCACACCCAUGCCAUCGUGUGGCCUUACGUCGCGAACACACCCUCACCCGAAACCUUCACUUUUGCGCUUCCUCAUCCUUCAAAACAUGUCUCUGACCCUCUACCAAUUGGGUCUUUGGUAUCAGCCUCGGCCUCUUCCCUAGAACCAGGCCUCGUCGUCGUUAUUCCCACUACUGGCAAGAUUAUAUACUGGGAGAGUAUCGCCAGUGCUGCUACAUUGGAUUUGAGGCUACAGCGUAAUGGCGUCGAGUUGUCUAUUCCUGGGAUGCUCUCGGGGGAAAAGGUCAUCCAUAUUCUCAACGCAGAGUCUGCUGGCUUCAUGCUUGGCUUUAGUAGUGGUCGCAUCGCUUAUAUGAGCGUGAGGGACGGGCAAGGCCGACCGGCUCUUACCGUCCAGUUCCUCCGUGCUGGAAGCGGAUCAUCCAACACUGGAAUCUUUGGUAGCCUGCGAAAUGCCUUGUCGAGCUCCUCUUGGCAUUCAGACAUUGCAGCUAUAAGAGCGGGGCAUCAAGAUAGGAUCGGUGAGAGAAACGUGGUAUUAGCGACCAAAAAAGGAAAAAUACAAUCCUGGGACAUACACAGAGGCGGACAUACAUCACUAAUUGCGGAGAUUGAAACGCGGGAAGCUAUUGUGCUAGUGAUAAAGCAAGCAAUCCCAGCACUAAGCGAGCUCCUGCUGGAGACAUUCGAGCUUCUGGAUUUCGCAUACAUGCCGAACCCCGCGUCAUCCACUGGUACUGGUGGCCAAAGUGAUGAAGGGAUACGCCUUUUGCUUUUAACUUCCCUGAACGAGAGAGAGUCCACUCACUAUUCACUGGUCGAGGUUUUAUUGAACCGAGGCGAACUCAUAAUUGGGGAUAUACGCCCGAUAAAGUCUUACAGCACGCCCAUCGCCCGAACCGCAACUUCGAACACGAGACUGUAUUUACCGAAUCCUGCAAUUAUUGCUUAUGUCGUCCUCGAUCGAGCUGUUAUUCUUGUCUCGAUGGCCAAAGGCCCAGACUCCCCGGAAUCGCAACUCAUGACAGAAAGCCGUCUGUUCCCACAGACCUUUGAAGAUGUGAUCCAAUUCAAGGAUGAUAUGAACAUCGAAAUUGUAGGGUCUGGAAUGGAAGAACCUUACGGAUUAUCACAUGGCAUCGAAGAUACAAAGUCACGCCGCUACAAAGCAAAACACCCCGCCGUCAUUCUUAUUGUUCGUGGUGGUGGCGUGCUGCGGAUAGCCGCACACGAUAUAAACAAGCUGGCUUCCGACCAGCCCCCACAGGUGACUCCAAAAAGCAAGCUACAGCAAGCAGUGUUUUUCGGGACACUAGAAGGCAACCCGAUUAGCUUCGCAGUACGCCCGGAGUCCGAGUUUCCCGCAGAAGAAGUUGGCGAUGCUGCUUUAUCCCUCAGCAAUGACAUUCUGAGGUCCCAAACUCCGUACAUCCCUUCUGUUCCGGCGUCAAUUGAACAGAAUCUUCGGAAACGGUCCGUUGCUUUGCGUGAUCUUGCGGAAUAUCUAAAGCAGAGUGGCGUGGCCCUAGAUCGGGUCACGCGAUGGAAAUUGCUUUGGGAUGCUGAAAGAAUGGGGGCUGCGACCGUUAUCUGGAAGCGAUAUGAUGCUGCGGUCAGUGAAAAGCCUGAAGGCCAGAAGCGUGGCCUCUUCACCGAGCUCGUAGAGUGCAUCCACGAAGACUAUAAGACAGAACCCGUACCGGAAAACGGUGAACUUGACCGGGUCCGGCACUGGUUCAUCAACGAUAUAUGGAGACUGGAUAUUGCGGUACCAUGGGCGUAUCAGGUGAUCAAAUAUGCCUACCAAGACGGCCAAAAAGAUCAUAAUGCCGUCCUGGAACUUCUUAUCGAGGCGAAUGCUCUUGUCAUUGGCGCACUGAAAGGUGCCUUCGACUUCCGCGAAUCGAAUCUUGCGCUCUACGGUCUCCAAGAUGAGUUGCUUGAGCAUGGUAUAUUGAAAUCGAAUUACGAGGGGCUCCCAGAAUUCUGGACAUCCACAAUGUAUCUUGCCGAGAAUAUUAGGAAGCAAGCACAACUAGCCGGGGCACUCGUGACACACUAUUGGCCAAAACCGGAAACCGAAAAGCGGGUUAGUACUGCUUUGCUAGAAAAAGUAAGGCAAGAGCAAGAAACCCUUGUCGAUGUUGUCAUUCGAUCGAAUCAUGAGAAGAUUCGCUGGGAUUUUGCGCAGAAUGAUCCUCAAAUACAACUCCAGGCAGAGUCACUUCAGGUCGUGCAAAGUGAAUCCGAAGAUUCACAGCUAAAAACCCUCGCAAAGGAAUGUCAAUUGCCAGAUGAGGCAAUGGCAUUGGCUGAAAAACAUGAGAUCCUGCCUACUCUUGCGUCUAUCCUGACAUAUGAGAUCCAUGAGCAUUCGUCAAAAGUGGAUAAUCCUGAUCUCGACAGCAAACUACUCACUAAACAUGUGGCUCGGUUGGCCGUUUUGCAGGAAACUGUGGAAAGAUGCUUCUCAAAAUUCGGCAUGAGCUGGGCGACCGCCUUCUACGACCUUCAAAUCCAGCUUGGCUUUACAAAGAGCCUGCUAGAUAAGUUCCAAACAGAACAACCGUACUUGACAGAAUUCCUGCGUAGUAGACCGGAGUACGCCAAAAUCGCUUGGAUACACGAGAUCACCCGGGAAAAGACCUUUGAUCGAGCGGCAGAGACUCUCCUGGACCUCGGCCUGAAACGAGAACAAGAUUUAUGGAGCAAAAAGAUAGAGCUGAGCAUGGGCAAAUUAUCUCGAUUUGCUGGAAGGUAUAGCCAGAACAACGGCACGCCCAUCCUGGAUGGAGACAAGAUCGACCUCGUUGUAGUUAACAACCAACUUGGCUUGAUCAAAAUCCAAGACACCGUCUAUGACUAUGUCCUCUCUUCUAUCGGCCCUGCGAUUGAUGAGAACGCCGAACUUCAAUUAGCGUUAGAGUUAUAUGGAAACAAGCUAUUGAGAAAGCAGACGGCGUUCCUCUCACUCUUGGAAGAUAAUAUGUCUCAGCUCAUCAAUCUUAAGGCUAUGGACGGCCUAGGACUGAUCGACCUCCUGACCUUGAUGGGAGACAAUGGAUCAGAGGAGCAGGCCGUCUUUCGCGGCGAACAAUUCUAUCUUGCUCUGCAAGCAAGCCGCUGUGGAGUCGCCGACAGCGAGGAACAGAACUUGCUCCAAAGGGUGAUCUGGCGAAGGUGUAUGCUAAGAGACGAUUGGACGGAUGUCAACAACACAGAAUUGAAGGAUGACCAACAAGUUGCGGACCGACUAAGGCAGACGGCCCUAUACAUGACAUUUAGAAACUGUCUCAAGAACCAUUUAUUUAAAGAAGGUUCUCCUGUGAGGCCAAUAAACCCAGAAGCCAUCGCGGGCGCAUCCACAGACGAAUUAGACCACCGGUUUACCGGCUUAGACGCCAGCAUCCGAGAAAGCAUCAUGAAAGCGUUCCAGAAUGAGGAUGCAGCCUUCAACGUCUAUGUUAAGAAGUCCCAGCUCGAAAAGUGGUACGCAGGGGCUCUGGAUCUGGCUAAACAGGACUGCCAAGAGGAGAUGAGUGAAAAGACCGAGGAUGGCCAAAAGAUGAACGAGGCCCGGCACGCACUUGAGCAGGUGGAGAAAAGCAUCGCGCAAGGGGAGCACAACAAAGCGGAGAAGCUGCUGCACUCCAAACCCCUACACAAAGUCAAGUCCAAAAAACCUUACGGCAACAGACAGAGUUUCAGAAGUUCAGCCAUAGAGAGUUAA